AUGGAUAAGAAGAUUUUGUUUCCGGAAAAUCUUCCUGAAGGCAAAAUCUCUGCGCUUAUCCAGAAGCAGAACAAUGUGCAGCCUUCUGUCAUCGUGAUCGGCAGUGGUAUAUCAGGUCUUGCUGCUGCUAGGAAUCUCUCUGAAGCUUGUUUUAAGGUGACGGUUCUUGAAUCACGCGAUAGGAUUGGUGGUCGCAUCCACACGGAUUAUUCCUUUGGUUGUCCUGUUGAUAUGGGAGCUUCAUGGUUACAUGGAGUCUCCAACGAGAACCCCUUGGCUCCAAUUAUACGCCGUCUAGGGCUGACUUUAUACCGAACUAGUGGGGAUGACUCCAUCUUAUAUGAUCAUGAUCUGGAAAGUUAUGGACUUUAUGACAUGUAUGGGAAUAAAAUUCCGGCGAAGUUGGUCACUGAAGUUGGAGUUGCAUUUAAGAGAAUUCUCGAAGAGACGGAGAAAAUAAGGGAUGAAACCGCCAAUGACAUGUCUGUUCUUCAAGGAAUAUCCAUCGUCCUAGAAAGAAAUCCAGAACUAAGGCAAGAAGGGAUGGCAUACGAAGUCUUGCAGUGGUACAUAUGUAGAAUGGAAGCGUGGUUUGCCGUGGAUGCGAAUUUGAUAUCGCUAAAAUGUUGGGAUCAGGCAAGCAAACUUAUUCUUUUCUCUGAUGAAUGUCUUUCAGGUGGUCAUGGUCUAAUGGUGCAAGGUUACGAGCCAGUGAUUAGAACACUUGCAAAAGACAUUGAUAUUCGCUUAAGCCAUAGGGUUACUAAAGUAUCAAGAACAUCUAAUGACAAGGUGAUGGUAGAAGUCGAAGAGGGAACCAAUUUCGUAGCCGACGCUGUUAUCAUCACGGUUCCGAUCGGUGUUCUAAAGGCGAACCUGAUUCAUUUUGAGCCAGAGCUACCACAAUGGAAGACCUCCGCGAUAUCGGAUCUCGGCGUAGGCAACGAGAACAAGAUCGCCCUGAGAUUUGACAAAGUGUUUUGGCCCAAUGUUGAGUUCUUGGGGAUGGUGGCACCGACUUCUUACGCAUGUGGCUAUUUCUUGAAUCUUCACAAGGCUACGGGCCAUCCGGUUCUUGUGUACAUGGCUGCAGGGAAUCUAGCCAAAGACCUGGAAAAGCUCUCCGAUGAAGCUACAGCGAAUUUCGUCAUGCUGCAACUUAAGAAAAUGUUUCCUGACGCACCUGAUCCGGCUCAAUAUCUAGUGACACGGUGGGGUUCGGAUCCUAACACAUUAGGGUGUUACGCCUACGACGUGGUUGGUAUGCCGGAAGAUCUAUACGCUAGGCUAGGAGAGCCCGUUGAUAACAUAUUCUUUGGAGGAGAAGCUGUGAACGUCGAGCAUCAAGGAUCAGCUCAUGGAGCUUUCUUAGCAGGAGUCUCUGCCUCUCAGAAUUGUCAGAGGUAUAUCUUCGAACGCCUCGGUGCUUGGGAGAAACUCAAACUUGUUUCUCUAAUGAGAAAUAGUGAUAUCCUCGAAUCUGCAACUGUACCUCUCCAGAUCUCCAGGAUGUGA